ACAUGUAUAUUUGUUUCGAGAUCUUUUUUAAAGAGUAUUAAGUAAACAGCAGAGCGCGCUCGAUAUUUGACAAUCAAACUUAUGCAAGCGACAUCUCUCGUUAUCAUCCGCUUUAAAUUAUCUAACAGGUAAAUUUGAUUACAGCUGUUGGCAAUUGUAUCUCACUAUAAAAAUAUGCAACCCAACUUCCAUGAAACACUUCUGAUAAAGUCAAUAAACUGUAGCUAAAAUCAAAUAAACCAGAUAAACUUAAUUAAAUAACGCAACUUUUAAUUAACCGUCCAGUUGAAGAUCGCAUUCACCAUGAACACGUAUACGCUCCUCGUUUUUACAGCGUUUUUCGUGCAAAAUCGUGGCGAUUACUUAACGAAAACCAUCGAAAAACUAAAUUCCGGCUUGGAUUUCAUCGAAUCGCAUUCCAACGAAUUCAAUUUCGACGGUCUACUCGGAGUAGUCUUAGCCGAAGCGCAAUUAAACAACGCCAAAACGCGUAUAAAAGGAAACGAAAAAUUGCUUAAUAUUUUGGAUAAUCUGAGCUUGAGAUGCGCACGGAUCUCCAAUAAAAUCAAGCCGCAUUUGACGGACAGAUCGGAGAAGUACCAACUGUUUGAGAAGGUUUUAUUGAGAGCCGAAUUUUGGAUGGGCAAAAUCGAAUUGAAGAGAAACUCGUUACGUGAUUUUGGGAUUUACGCGAAUUGGACGCGGGAAACGGUGCGCGAGAACAGGAGAGCCGAAUUCGACGGAAUCGGCACUGACUUUUGCUUGGAAGAGUUGCUCAGAGGUUGCAGGGUUGGCAACGUUUGCGAACAAAUGAUGUUCGCGGAUCGCGUCGACACAGGAUACCUGCUGUCACACAGAUUGUUCUAUUUGAUGAUCGGAUUGAACGCGAAGUGUUUUCGUGAUGGGGAAACGGCGCGUGAAGUGAUCAUCAACUUUUGCUCGUUGAUGUUGAAGGAAGCGAAGACGAAUCGGGCGCUCGGUUUCCCGAAGCGCGACAUCUUCAUGGAGCAAGUUUUAUUCUGCGGAAUGCGGGGUUUCGAUGAGUUUCUCAACGCGUUCGUUUUGGAUAAACUCUUCGCGUGGCAGAACGAUGAGGGAUGUUACCGUUCGGAGGGAUACUGGAAUUCGAUUGAAAUCAGAACGACUAAUUUGAUCUCUUACAAUUGCACCGAUCAUUCCACCGGUUUGGGCGUCGCCGCUUUAGCGCUUCAUUUAGUACACUUGCUUUAAAUGUAGUGAUUACGUGAUUUCGUUGAAAUAAAAUAUUUGUUAGAU